UCGUCGGGAAAGCUUCGCCAAGAUGCGCGCGAAUAUGGAAGACAGUGGUUGAUUUCGAGGAAGAACGGUUUGGCAAUCGAAUAGAAUAGAUUCGACCGAGAUAUCAAUCGAGAUGGCCGACGUUUCGGGGAUUUGAUUACUUUGAGAAACUUCGAAUCUGUCGUCCGUCGAAAUGAAAAAGAAUUCAAGUUGUUAUUUAUUGCCUGGAAUCUAAAUCACCGUUGUUGUAAUCACCGAGAGUAUACAAUUUUUUGGAGAAGUUGGACGUUUGAAGUCGACGUGAUGAAUCCAACGGGGGAACGGGAAGUAUCAAUUCGUUGACAAUGACAAUCGUGACAAUCGUCCCCCCUCGACGAUGGAACGCGAUCGAGAAUAGAAACGGAAGGAUCGAUCGAUCGUGCGAUCGUCUCGAUAAUGUCGACGACCAAUCUGAGAGACUUUCUGCUGGUAGAUACCGACCUGUCGAUGGCCGUCGCGUAUCAUCGUGAGCAUCCAUGCCUCUUUGAAUUGGUGACCCAAAUGAAAUUGUUCCUGGAAUCCCGCGUUAGACCAACGAACUGCAAGAUCAAGUAGAAUCGAAAUUGAUGUCGCAACUUCGUCACGAAGUUUCAACUUUGCGCUUUUUGGAGUCCGGAGCUUGGUGAAAGUGUUCAGGAUUAUCGAAGAAGCGGAUCGCGGUGUUCAGAUCACGGAGCCGCCGCUCAAUUUUCACGUAUUCCGAUCUCUACCAUGCAACCGUUCUCGACCGGCAGCACAAUGGCGAGCGAAACACCGACCAGCCUCCCACCGGAGAGAGUUACCUCACCGGCGCCGUGCAAGAACUUGACCUUCUCGAUCGCGAAAAUCAUGGAGCCGGACAAACGUCUGACCGAGCAGAGCAACAACAAUCAGCAAACGACGACGACGACGCCCAUCACCAUUCAAAAAGCUUUCUCGAAGAUGAGCCUGGCUGCGAUCUCGCCCGAGAGCCAGCGUGAAAAGAAGAGCCCCGGACCACGGAGUAACGAACUCAGUACGACGAACAAACAGAAGACAUUCACCUGCCCUGAAUGCGGCAAGGUGUUCAACGCCCACUACAAUCUGACCAGACACAUGCCCGUCCACACGGGGGCGCGGCCGUUCGUCUGCAAGAUAUGCGGCAAAGGGUUUCGCCAAGCGAGCACUCUGUGCAGGCACAAGAUCAUCCACACGGCGGAGAAGCCGCACAAGUGUCCUACCUGCGGCAAAGCUUUCAACCGAAGCUCGACCUUGAACACGCACAGGCGCAUCCACGCCAACUACAAACCGUUCGUGUGCGAGUAUUGCGGGAAGGGGUUCCAUCAGAAGGGAAACUACAAGAAUCACAAGUUGACGCACAGCGGCGAAAAGGCGUACAAGUGCAACAUUUGCAACAAGGCGUUCCACCAGAUUUACAAUCUCACCUUCCACAUGCACACCCACAACGACAAGAAACCAUUCUCGUGCAAGAUCUGCGGGAAGGGGUUCUGCAGGAACUUCGAUUUGAAGAAACACAUGAGAAAAUUGCACGACAGCGGAUCACCCGUGUUGAACGGCCUAGGUACUUCGGCGCAGAGUCACAAUCAACAGUCCGGUUACGCGUCCGUCCACCACGGACCCGGUGCCCACUCGUUCGUCAGUCCUUUCCUGCUUCCGCCGCCAGGUACCACCAGUUACUUGAGCAAAAUGUUGUGACAAGGCGACGGUGUUCAUUAUCCGAGAAAGACGCAGUGCCCUUUGAUCCUUGGCCCGCCUUGUUACACGGGGGACAUCGGCCAGUUGACUCAACCCUCGAAAUGAAGGGGGCGAGGAAAAGAUAUCGGUGAUUAUUAAGAAUUAUCACGGAAUAUCGAGGGGUGAAGCUGGAAAUUGGACGAUUAGAUUAGAUCUCGAGGAUCGUCCUUUGGUUUUUCACCGCGAGAGUAAUUUAUCUCUCCGAUAGAGAGAGAGACGACCCAAGAAGACAGAGAUACCAAAGACGCGGGCAACAGACGCUUCGACAACGCGGGGAAACGUGUACGUGUUACCGUAUUGUUUCGAGACAACCAACUACCUCAUAUACUACAGCAACUAAAUUGUAGCAGAUUAUUCCUGUUUUAAGACUAGUCUCAGGCCUUUUUCCGUCACGAUGUAACGAUAUAUACGUUAUAUCAUUUAAAAGUUGCAGUACUUUCUUCGGAUACCUCCGUUACCAAAUUUCUUUUUUCUUUUCUUCAGAUCACGCAGUAUCUCGCAAACACACACACACACACACACACACAUACAUAUAUAUACGCAUCUAUACUCAAAGUUCUACCUGUUUACGCGAUCGCGAAUUUACGAGGGAAGUAAAAAUUGAAAGCGAUUCGCAAUAUCAUACCGUGGAUAGAAACGAUCGUCAACAAAGAUUGGUGGAAAACAAGGCUCGAUAAAAAUCCAACAACGAUGGACAGGUGCAUUAAUUUACGUCGGGAACACGAAUUUUCGACGGAACGUGACGGGUGAAUAAUAUCCUUAAUUUCGAGGAUGAACCAACGCGACGGCGAGGGCAAAAACGGUGGGCAAAUAGGACGAGUAAUCGAAUUAGACGAUUCGUCGCGGACAAUUCCGGGAGCACAAUGAUAUUUUAACCGAACGAGCAGUUGCCAGCUGCAAAACACCGAGCGUGAAUAUAUCGGAGAAAGCAAAUAAUCGGUCGUAUCGGGCGAAAUAAACCAUGCCGGGAGGUAAAUCAACAGAUAGACAGAGGAACCAGAGAGAUAACAUAAGUGCAUAUUGGCAGGAUCGUUAUAAACUGGAUACCGGAUCCCCCAUGGCAUCGGAUUAAUCGCAUGAAAGCUCAAUCGAUGGUAUCCUGGCGAGAGAUGAUUACUUAUUUAUGUAAAUACUUGUAAAUAUUUGUACCUGCGACAGAGAGUGAUCUCGUUAUUGCGGCGCAUUAACGGUGGCCGGAAAUUAUCGACGAAAAAAAAAAAAAAAAAAAAAGAGAGA